AUGUGUGGCAUAUUUGCUUGCCAUCACCACCCGGAUGUACAGAAGUUCAAGCCCACCGCGCUGCGGAUGGGCAAGGCCGUACGGCACCGCGGGCCUGAUUGGAGUGGCAAUGUCAUAGCGAACAAUACGAUCCUUGUCCACGAGCGCCUCAGCAUCGUUGGCGUCAACUCUGGCGCCCAGCCUCUCGUCAACGAAGAGGGCACCAUUUCCCUCGCCGUCAAUGGAGAGAUCUACAACCACCGUGUCAUCCGCAAGCAGUUGAAGCAGCCGUACAAAUUCAGGACCAACUCCGACUGCGAAGUGAUAAUACCGCUGUACACCGAGCAUGGCAUCGACGCGCCCAAAUACCUCGACGGCAUGUUCUCCUGGGUUCUCCACGACAAGAAGCAGGACCGCGUGGUUGCUGCGCGCGAUCCAAUCGGCAUAACCACCUUCUACAUGGGCAGGUCGAGCAAGACACCCGGCGCCGUCUACUUCGCCUCAGAACUGAAGUGCCUACACCCCGUUUGCGACAGCAUUACCUCCUUCCCUCCCGGCCACGUCUACGACUCGGCGACCGAUUCGCUCACACAAUACUUUACGCCAAAAUGGCUUAUAGAGCCGACCAACAUCCCGACCACGCCCGUAGACUACAAGCUUCUGAGGACAACGCUAGAAAAGUCGGUCCGCAAGCGGCUGAUGGCCGAAGUGCCGUUCGGCGUGUUACUAUCCGGUGGUCUGGACUCCAGCUUAGUCGCUUCUAUCGCACAGAGAGAGAUCCAGAGGCUCAACGGGGCAGCAAGGAUGGCAAAGGCUAACGGAGUGAAUGGCGUCAACGGCGUCAACGGCGUCAACGGCAGCAGGAGCGGCACGGCGACUCCAAUCGACCAGCCGAGCGACAGGCUCGUGGGCAUCGACGAGGAGAACGAACUGGCUACCGUACAGUUGCUCCCUCAGCUGAACUCCUUCUCCAUCGGCCUGCCUGACGCACCUGACUCGAAGGCGGCGCAAGUGGCGGCGGAUUACCUGGGUACGAGGCAUCACAACUUUACCUUCACCAUCGAGGACGGUCUCAAUGCGCUCUCGGACGUCAUCUACCAUCUCGAGACGUUCGAUGUCACCACCAUCCGAGCUUCCACGCCUAUGUUCCUUCUGAGUCGGAAGAUCAAGGCUAUGGGUAUCAAGAUGGUACUGAGCGGAGAGGGCAGCGACGAGAUCUUUGGAGGAUAUCUGUAUUUCCAUGCUGCGCCGGACAAGAGCGCUUUCCAUCAGGAGUGCGUCAGGCGUGUCAAGAACCUCCACUUGGCGGAUUGUUUGCGGGCCAACAAAUCGACGUCGGCAUGGGGCCUGGAGGCGAGAGUUCCGUUCUUGGACAAGGAGUUCCUCGAUGUAGCGAUGAAUAUCGAUCCUAAGGAAAAGAUGAUCACCAAAGACCGGAUAGAAAAGUACAUCCUCCGCAAAGCCUUCGACACAACCGACGAGCCCGAAACCGAACCGUACCUGCCCGAAAACAUACUCUGGAGACAGAAAGAGCAGUUCAGCGAUGGCGUCGGCUACGGCUGGAUUGAUGCGCUGAAAGACAACGCGGAGCUCAACGUCAGCGACGAGGACAUGAAGAACCCGAAGCCGGAGUGGGGCGACGACAUUCCUGACACCAAGGAAGCAUACUGGUACCGCUGCAUGUUCGACGAGCAUUUCCCGCCCUAUUGCGCUUCAACAGUCAUGCGCUGGACGCCCACUUGGUCGAAACAGACGGAUCCCAGCGGCCGAGCUAUAGCGAUACACGAGCAGAAGUAUAAGCAUACUGAGUAG